AAACAGCAAAGCCAGUCUCCCUCUAGCACGACUGCGGGCAUUAGGCCAUCUGUCCAUUCUCUGAAUACAACUGACAACAAAAGGGGGGGGGGGACAACUCCUCUCUCUCUCUCUCUCUCUCUCUCUCUUUCUCUUUCUCUCUCUCUCUCUCUGGAGCUCUCAGACAGACACUGGACAUACUCUCUCUCUGGAGAAGGACAAGAGGGAAAAAGCAACCUACCGAAGUCUUCUGAAACGGCCCAGCAGGGGUGCUGUGUAUUCAAAGUGGCGAGUGGGUGCUGACAUGCUGGAGGAGACAGAAGUGGGUCAAAAGGGUUUUAGCAUUAGCCAAACAAAUCCUGGCCUAUAGGAUUAGGCCCUCGGGUUGCGUCGGGUUGGAUGCAUUUACCUGAUCGAACUACACAGGGGGGUGAGGGCCACACAAUGACACAGCUUCCUCCUAAUAGGCCUGGCUUGUAUUUAUCUUGACCAAUAAUUAAUGCAUUUGGUAUACAUUUAGGGUAGCAAUGCAAGGAAAUGUAGGUAUGAUGUAUUACUAAGGGAUUAUGUUAGUGCUCUUCUCUGGCUAUAAGCCUUUAGCCUGUUGUAGGCUUUCUGGUAUAUCUUUUUGACAUUUUUAAUUCAUCAUAUGCUGAGUAUGGAUUAUAAUGGAGAUGAAUCUUUUCAUUCUAGAUAUGCCAUGGAGAUAGAGCACACAGCACAUCUUGUGAUCUAUUGAGUAGUGUGUAUCUUUGUGAGGCUGUGAGAGGAGCUCCUUUGCUAUCGCUAAACAUGAAUAUUAACGAUCCUGAGGGUGGAGCCUUGGAUGGGGGGCUUAACGUGACCCUAACGAUCCGUCUGCUGAUGCACGGGAAGGAGGUUGGUAGCAUCAUUGGAAAGAAAGGAGAAACAGUGAAAAAGAUGAGAGAAGAGAGUGGAGCUCGGAUUAAUAUAUCUGACGGCUCCAGCCCUGAGAGGAUUGUCACCAUCACUGGAGCUUCGGAGGUCAUCUUCAAAGCUUUCGCCAUGAUCGCAGAGAAGUUUGAGGAGGACAUAAACGCCUGCAUGAUAAACAGCACAGUGACUAGCAAACCCCCAGUGACGCUGCGCCUGGUCUUCCCAGCCAGCCAGUGUGGAUCGCUCAUUGGCAAAGGGGGCUCCAAGAUUAAAGAGAUCAGAGAGACCACUGGUGCCCAGGUCCAGGUGGCCGGUGACUUGUUGCCAGACUCCACGGAGAGGGCGGUGACCGUGUCUGGGACUCCCCAUGCCAUCACUCAGUGUGUGAGACACAUCUGCACUGUCAUGCUGGAGUCCCCACCCAAAGGAGCAACGAUUCCAUACCGUCCCAAGCCAUCCCCUGCAGGGGCUCACUCUGUGAUGCAACAGCAACAUCCAUCUGCCGUAAAUGAUUUAUCUCCGUAUACUGCCAUACACCAAGCCUUCGCAAUGCCAGGGCAGUAUGCCAUUCCACACCAAGAUUUGACCAAGCUUCACCAGUUGGCUAUGCAGCAUAUUCCCCUUACCUCCCUUGGGCAGCACAACCCUACCUUCCCUGGUCUGGAAGCACAAAUGCAUACGAGUUCUCAUGAGCUGACCAUUCCAAAUGAUUUCAUUGGCUGCAUAAUCGGCAGGCAAGGAAGCAAAAUCAACGAAAUUCGCCAGAUGUCGGGCGCUCAGAUCAAGAUCGCGGGGGCCACAGAUGGCUCAGCCGUGCGCCAUGUCACCAUCACGGGCUCGCCCGCCAACAUCAGUGUGGCACAGUACCUCAUCAACGCCAGCUUAGAGAUGGCUAAACUCAGCAUCCAGGCCGCUUCCUCCUCCACCACCUCCACUCCCGUUGACCUGAACAUGGGCUUCUCCCAGUCCGUCUCCCCCAUGUCCACCCCCACCACCAUGGCUGUCCUGGCUGCCUCAGCCGGGGCGGCUUCCCACGCUGCCCUUAACGUGCACUCCCCCUCCACCCUCUCCACCAUCCCCAGUGGCCACUACGCCGUCCCUGUCUCCAGCCUGCUUGGCAUGAAAUCCAUGCCCCUGCUGGCCAUGCACGCCGCAGCCUCCUCUGGCCUGCCUCCAGGCCUCUCCCCUUACGCCGCAAAGAUCCCCACCGCCGGCCUCAAAAAAUCUGACCGACAGAAGUUUGCACCCUAUUAAUAAGCAAAAAAAUAAAUAAUGAAU